AACAGCGACAGUCGUCAACAGGCAGCCACACCCGCUGAAUCGAAGUCGUAGUCAAAGUCAAAGUCGAAAUCGAAAUCGAAGUCGAAAUCGAGAUGGAUAUUACAUUUGCCGUGGAGAAUGCACACGAUGAGAAUAUAUUGAGGUUCGAUUUGCCAUUGGAUAAAGAGCUAUAUUUGUCGUUCAUGUUGUCGCUGCUCACGCUCGAGCCGCAUCCCAAUGACAGUCUCAACUGCGAUGAGGAGACUCUGCGCAUGCGUCAGCAGUUAAUCAUGUACAAGGCGGAGGUGGAUGCACUCGAUCGCAAUGCCGACGACUACUACGAAAGGAAGGAAAAACUGAUCUUCAAGAUCUUUUGUGAGUUUCGCGGCCUUGUCUAUGAUCCUGAAACGCUGGAAUGCUGCCAGGAGCCGCCGGAACUCGAGAAUAAUUAAUUAAUUAAU